AGGUCGCGUCUGCCGUAACCAAGUCUGUCAUGGGAGACGGGAAUAAUGAGAUUGGAAGGACAGAACCUCAGGAGAGUAUGCUGAAGCGAUCAAACCAUCCCACUGCUCUUCUCUUCCAUGUUGGAUUCAAGGCGGCAGCUCUCUUUGUAUACAUCUUCGGAUCGUUGUUCUCUCGCUCGUUUGUGGUUUCUUUUGUGAUAGUUGUAUUAUUGUUAGCUUUCGAUUUCUGGACUGUCAAGAAUGUUUCUGGAAGGUUGCUUGUGGGGCUCCGAUGGUGGAAUGAAGUGAGGGAGGACGGAACCAACGAGUGGAGGUUUGAGAGCCGUGAAGACACGUCGAGGAUAUCCGAUGUUGAUUCGAGAGUUUUCUGGGUCACCUUAUGGUUGAUGCCCAUUCUCUGGGGAUUCUUCACCAUCUCCACUUUCUUCUCCUUCAACUAUGGCUGGAUGCUCUGCUGCAUCGUCGCCGUGUGUUUGUCGGGGGCCAAUCUUUACGGAUACAUCAAAUGCAGCAGAGCUGCAAAGGCGAAAGUUGGAAGUCUCGCCUCUUCCGUGGCUUCAGGAGUUUUGCAGCAGCAAUUUGUCAGCAGAUUCACCGGUGGAUCAAGUUCGUCAGCAGGAGCCAACAACGUCUAGCGCUAUCCCUCGGCUCCUUGUUUCUCAUACAUUCAAAUCAUUC